UCACUGUUAAAGAAAUAAUCCAGCUAAGGAUAAAACACUCCAGCCCGCCUUGAGAUUCAACAAGGAAGAGAGAGCGUUAAGGGCAGUGGGCUUUAGUGGACUCAGAUGGGGGAAACAGGUGUUCAACUUUGCCUAGAUCCGGAUUGAAUUUGCGAACGAAUUCCGCUGUGCGUUUGAAAGCCACUGCCUGGGACAGUGUCCCCAAAGCAGAAGAGACAGCAGGGAGGGAGGCUUGGAAUUAAGUGGCAUUCUUUUGAUUCUCUGCCUUCUGAUGUUCUGGAUUGACUUGGUCAAAGCAGUCUAGUUGCUUUUUUGGAUUUUGCGUGGCUCUUUCCACUUGAAGUCAUAAUUGUGAAGAGCUUGCCUUUGAAACUUGACACCCAUGUUGAGUGGUUUGUCAUCUCCCCCCCCCCCCUUACAUCUUCUCCACCACUGCCUCUUUAAAUGUUGAGUGUGAUGAAUAAUCACUUGUAUCUCAGGAGGAGCUUAAGGUCCCCACCUUAAGGAGGGGGGGGGAAAGUAAUGUCCAUGGAGGUGGCUCCAGUGCAACCCUUCGCCUUGCCCAGGGCUGUCCCUUUGACUGAUUUAUCUAGUGCAGAAACUUAAUGAAGGGCUGUACAUAUAUAUUUUUUUCUCCUUCUUUGAAGAUGAGGACAAGGGCUGGGCAAUGAGAGAGCUGCCUUAACUGGGGCAUCAUUACUUUGGUGUUAAUUGCUUUGAAUGCUGUUGAUUUAAGAUUUUGCUGAGCUUUGAGACUGAGGUUCCAGUAGGUCCUGAUGUGCAGGCUUAUUCCGUGGAUAUCAAAGAGCCACCUCUUAAUGCCUUGUUGAAGAAGCAAAAAAAACCAACACUAAUGGAUUUUUAUGAAAGUCACUCUUUAGGGAAGGUGGAUUUGUCCAGCAAAAGGCCUGUCCUGGUUCUUCAGAAUGAAACCCUCUAUUCCCAAAGGCGACCAUACACUAGUGAGGAUGAAGCCUGGAAGUCCUUCCUUGAAAACCCCCUUACAGCAGCUACCAAAGCCAUGAUGAGCAUCAACGGGGAUGAGGACAGUGCAGCUGCUUUGGGCCUCUUGUACGACUACUAUAAGGUUCCCCGGGAAAGGAAAGCUUCUACAGUGAAACCAGAUGUAGACCAGUCUGAUCAAGAUCAUGGGAAAAGGAACAGUAUGCCAAACCUGAUGGAACAGUCACUUAUUUCUGCUGGGGAGAACAGAGUGCAAGUCUUGAAAAACAUGCCUUUGAAUAUUGUCCUUCCACACAGUUCCCAAAUGGGCAUUGACAAGAGGGGCCACCUGACAACCCCAGAUACUACAGUCACUGUCUCCAUUGCAUCUAUGCCCACUCAUUCAAUCAAGACAGAAACUCAGUCGCACAGUUUCACUGUGGGCAUCCCUCCAAAUGUCUAUCACCCAGAAGCACCGGAGAGGGUGGUGGCUUUAGAUCGGAGCCUCAACACUGACCAGUUUAGCACCAACAGCCAGCCUCAAAAUUCCCAGCGACGUACUCCUGAUUCCACUUUCUCAGAGUCUUUUAAAGAAGGUGUGCAAGAGGUUUUUUUCCCUUCUGAACUGAAUCUUCGGAUGGCCAAUGUGAACUCUGAAGACUAUGUGUUUGAAAGCAUUACUGGGAACAACUUUGAAUAUACGUUGGAAGCUUCAAAAUCACUUCGGCAGAAGCCAGGAGAUAAUACAAUGACUUAUCUAAACAAGGGCCAGUUCUAUCCCAUUACACUGAAGGAAAUUAGUGGUGGUGAAGGAAUCCAUCAACCCAUCAGUAAAGUUAGAAGUGUCAUCAUGGUUGUAUUUGCUGAGGACAAAAGCCGGGAGGAUCAGCUCAGGCACUGGAAGUACUGGCACUCCAGGCAACACACAGCUAAACAAAGGUGCAUUGACAUAGCUGAUUAUAAGGAGAGCUUCAACACCAUAAAUAAUAUUGAAGAGAUAGCGUAUAAUGCCAUCUCCUUCACUUGGGACAUUAAUGAUGAAGCAAAGGUCUUCAUUGCUGUGAACUGCCUUAGUACAGAUUUCUCCUCACAGAAAGGAGUCAAAGGCCUCCCUCUCAAUCUUCAGAUUGACACCUACAGCUACAACAACAGAAGCAACAAACCCAUCCACAGAGCUUACUGCCAGAUUAAAGUCUUCUGUGACAAGGGAGCAGAAAGGAAGAUCCGGGAUGAAGAACGGAAACAGAGCAAAAGAAAAGGCAAAUGCAGUGACCCCAGUUCUCAGCUGAAUGCCUUUUCUGAUGUCAAGGUACCCAUGCUUCCCUCCCAUAAGCGAACAGACAUCACCAUCUUCAAGCCUUUUAUGGAUCUUGAUACUCAGCCAGUUCUCUUCAUACCUGAUGUUCAUUAUUCAAAUAUUCAGCGUGGAACUCAUAGUUUUCCUGUUGCAUCUGAUGAAAUGGAAGGAGAAGGGUCUACCAUGAAGAGAGGGGCUUACAUAAAUGAAGAUGAAUUUGCUGCUAGUCCAAUUAAGAUAUCCCGAAUAGAAGAACCAAAAAGAGUGUUGUUGUAUGUCCGGAAAGAAUCAGAAGAAGUAUUUGAUGCACUUAUGCUUAAAGUUCCAUCUCUGAAAGGUCUUAUGGAAGCUGUAUCUGACAAAUAUGAUGUCCCCUUGGACAAAAUAGGAAAAGUCUUCAAGAAAUGUAAAAAAGGUAUUUUAGUGAAUAUGGAUGAUAAUAUUGUGAAGCAUUAUUCCAAUGAAGACACCUUCCAGUUACAGAUAGAAGAAGCUGCUGGAUCUUACAAACUCACCCUUACUGAAAUCUGAAACUAAUUUGUUGGGCUCCUUGUGGCAUCUUUCAGUGAAGGCUCUAAAUACAAAACCUCGUUUGUUUUUGUCCUAAGGAUCUAAAUGUGUUUUUAAGGAAGAAGUCAUUUUAUUCUUCCAAAGAACCUUUGGAAUAUCGUUUUGUUGUUAAAAAAAUAAGAAUUAUCAAUUGAUAAAUCAGGCCUUUUGGCUGCAACACUGCACUUGAAAAAGAAGAACAGACGUUGAUUUUAUUUUUUAAAAAAAUGAAAUUUGCAUAUAUAACCAAAGCACAAUUAAAAUGAACUUGUUAUAUUAUCAGCACAUUCCCUUAUCCAUUAAAUAUGUGUGUAAGUUUCUUUAUCAGCUCAGAACUUCUAAACUCCUUUGGUGCUUAUAGGAGUUUCAGAAAAGUGUAGGACUGCAUUGUUGUGAUGUUUACAGCUGCCCAGGGCAUAAGACUAUAAUUUUCUGCUACAAUUUCUUGUUUCUUGCUUUAUGAAGAACUUAAAUUGUGUGUAGCCAACUGAUGAACUAUAUCUGUAUAUAAGUGUGGUGUAUUUUGAAGGGUUGUAAAUGUGUACAUAGAUUAUAUUAUAUAUAAUAUUCAGGUUAUACAGUGGUAUGAUUCUAUAUCUAUGUGCAUGCAUAACAUAAAGCAUAUGACGAAGUCAACCUGAAAAGGCUAUAUGUAUAUAAAUAUAUCACUAAGAAAAGCAAUCUUGGUGCUAAAUUAAAUUUUUGUUGAGCAUAUUCAAUCUCUUAUAAGGGAAAAUAGGUAAAAGGACAUUUUUUCAUACUUUAUUUAAUUUCUUUUUAUUAUUAGAGUCUGAGAUGAGACUUGCUCAUGUACCCUAUGAUUCCCACUGCAAUGUCAAACACUUUUAUUUUCUUUGUUCCAAAAUGUAGAUGCCUAUCAUUUUAAUACAUGAAACAGAGAUUGUUUUCUCACCAUUAUAAAUCAGAGUACAUUUGCAAUGUUUAUGGCAUAGAAUAGAUGCUUCCAAAAAUAAGCUCCUUAUAAACUGCUACGGUAGCAAACAAUAAUCCUGGUUCCAUUCAACAUGCUACGUAAGUCAUUAUGUAGUUUGUUUUGUGCAGGGAUUUCCAAGCUGUGCAACCCCCAAAAUGGCAGUUUAAGAAGAUUGUGAUUUAGUCAACAAAAGGUCAUUAAAAAAAUCUAACUUAAAAUAAUAUGUGAGCCAGACAGCAUAAUGGGAUUCCUAAUGGAGUCCACUCACACUGUAAUACCAGUCCUAGUUGUACAGAUGUGAAUUCAGUAUAUGUUUUGAGGAGAAAGUGAUGUAGCCAGUCAGGAGACAUACAUUACCUACUACAACUAGCCAAUAAAACUACUUGUUAUUUCUUUGGUUUGCCAAAAUUUUAUUUGGGCUACAUAUUUAUUUUGAAAUACGCUUUCUCCAUACAACCUGCCUGCAUACUAUAUAAUACAUAUGACCCUACUCCAGAUUCCUUUUGGUCAGACUUCUACUUUAUUUAAUAUGGUUAGGUUUGUAUAUUGUUUUUAUUAAUCACUUUGAAUGUCUUUUAUGGGGCCCAAAACUAUUUUCAGCCAAUAUAAACAUUAAUAAUAGCAAAGGAAAUUUUUUUUGAAAUGACAUUCAAAUGAUAAACCUGCAUUGUUGGCUAGCUCAUGACUUUUCUGUCGCAGUCUUCCCAACCUCCUGAGUCCUGACAUAUUAUCUAAAUUGCAAUCCAAUACCUCUAGACAGCAUGUAGCCGAGAAGGUUAAUUCUGCAAUAGGCAAGCACAAAGUUUUGCCUGUAAUUUUGAACACUUAGGCUCUUUGUUAUUUGAUUUCUUUAUCUAUUGUGUGUGGUUCUUAUUACCACUAUUAUUAUUAUAAUUAUUAGUAUUAUGUAUAUUGCAUAGCAAUAGAAUCCUGAGAAAUGUUGAACAGAUUGUAUAUGUUGAAGCAAACCCAAAGAGAAUCCUUCCUAAAAGAAAAAUCUAAUAACUUUAAUAAACUCUAAUAAUUGUAAAUAGUCAUGUAUUUACAGAUUAAAGAUUAAAUAGAUCUUGUUGAUGAAAACUAGAAAGAGUUUCUGAAAAUGCUGUCAUUAAUAAUUCAGAGUUGGAAGGAAGAUAUUAUAUCAAGAGAAAUUUUGUAUCUGUAAACAUGCGUGACAAUUUCUGUCUUUUGUAGAAAAUUGAGGUUUUGCUACAGAUAAAACUGAGUAAAUAUAAGAUUUUUCUCUAUUAAGAAUGAAUGCACUCGUGGUUAUAUUUAUAUGUAAUGUAUGAAUUAAACUGUUGAUUUAUUUUGUGGGACAUGGGGCUUUUAACCAUAGCCAUAUUUGUAGAGUUCAAUGGAAGUGAUUUUGCCCAUGUUUGCUUUUAUGUGUCUGUGUAAUUGAACAUUUGCUGUAAGGCAAGAGCAAUUAAAUUUUAUAUGUCCAUUUCUAACCAUUCAGUUAACUUUGACUGGUAUU